CAAUCCUGUGGACUUGAGUAACUCAGCCAUUAUAAGCUCUGCUCCCAAAUUUCAGGAACAGUUCUUGAAUGUGAGUGGAAUGCCGCAAGAAUUGAAUCAGUAUCCCUGCCUUAAACAUCUGCCUCAAAUAUUUUUUCAUGCCAUGCGUGGAAUUAGCUGUCUGGUGGGUGCAUUCUUAGCCAUUGCAACACAAGCUAGCAUGGAGUUUCGCCGGAAAGGGUCUCAAAUGUCCACAGACACCAUGGUUUCCAAUCCUAUGUUUGAUGCAAGUGAAUUUCCUGAUAACUAUGAAGCAGGAAGAGCUGAGGCUUGUGGGACACUGUGUAGGAUUUUUUGUAGCAAGAAGACUGGAGAAGAGAUUCUGCCAGCUUAUUUAUCCAGAUUUUACAUGCUUUUAAUUCAAGGUUUGCAGAUAAAUGAUUAUGUAUGCCAUCCUGUCUUGGCCAGCGUUAUUCUAAACUCCCCUCCUUUGUUCUGCUGUGACUUGAAAGGGAUUGAUGUUGUGGUUCCUUACUUUAUUUCAGCUCUUGAAACCAUUUUGCCUGACAGAGAACUCUCAAAAUUCAAAAGCUAUGUAAAUCCAACAGAAUUGAGAAGAUCCUCCAUUAAUAUCCUGCUUUCUUUGUUACCCCUCCCUCAUCAUUUUGGCACAGUCAGAUCUGAGGUGGUCCUAGAAGGAAAGUUUAGUAAUGAUGACAGCUCUUCUUAUGAUAAACCAAUAACCUUUCUAUCCCUGAAGUUGAGACUUGUGAAUAUACUAAUAGGUGCCUUGCAAACAGAAACGGACCCUAACAACACUCAAAUGAUACUAGGGGCCAUGUUAAAUAUUGUUCAGGAUUCUGCACUUUUAGAAGCCAUUGGUUGCCAAAUGGAGAUGGGUGGUGGAGAAAAUAACCUGAAGAGUCAUAGUCGUACCAAUAGUGGUAUUAGUUCAGCAAGUGGAGGAAGCACAGAGCCCACAACCCCUGAUAGCGAGAGACCUGCACAAGCUCUCCUAAGGGAUUAUGCUCUUAAUACAGAUUCAGCUGCUGGGCUCCUGAUUCGCAGCAUUCAUCUUGUCACCCAAAGACUUAACUCCCAGUGGCGGCAAGACAUGAGCAUAUCACUGGCGGCCCUGGAGCUCCUCUCUGGCCUGGCAAAGGUGAAGGUGAUGGUUGACUCUGGAGACCGGAAGCGUGCCAUCAGUUCUGUGUGCAGCUAUAUUGUGUACCAAUGCAGUCGGCCUGCUCCUCUUCACUCCCGGGACCUGCACUCCAUGAUAGUGGCUGCUUUUCAGUGUCUGUGUGUCUGGCUGACAGAGCACCCUGAUAUGCUUGAUGAAAAGGAUUGCCUUAAGGAAGUACUGGAGAUUGUGGAACUGGGUAUCUCAGGAAGCAAGUCCAAGAACAGUGAGCAAGAGGUCAAGUACAAAGGAGACAAGGAGCCAAACCCUGCAUCUAUGAGGGUGAAGGAUGCUGCAGAAGCCACUUUAACAUGUAUCAUGCAGCAGCUUGGCGCAUUUCCUUCACCCAGUGGCCCUGCCUCUCCUUGUAGUUUGGUGAACGAGACCACGCUAAUCAAGUACACCAGGCUGCCAACCAUCAACAAGCAUAGUUUCCGCUACUUUGUCUUGGAUAACAGUGUCAUUCUGGCAAUGCUGGAGCAGCCUCUUGGAGGUGAACAGAAUGAUUUCUUCCCCUCUGUCACUGUGCUGGUCCGGGGAAUGUCUGGAAGACUUGCUUGGGCACAACAGCUUUGCCUUUUACCCAGAGGAGCAAAAGCAAAUCAGAAGCUUUUUGUGCCUGAACCUCGCCCAGUUCCUAAAAAUGAUGUUGGACUUAAGUAUUCUGUGAAACAUCGACCAUUUCCUGAAGAGGUGGACAAGAUUCCUUUUGUAAAGGCAGAUCUGAGCAUUCCAGAUUUACAUGAAAUUGUCACUGAAGAAUUAGAAGAGAGACAUGAAAAAUUAAGGAGUGGCAUGGCCCAGCAGAUUGCUUAUGAACUACGCCUAGAACAGCAGAGCGAUGGGGAACUGCAGAAGAGAAGCUUCCCUGAUCCUGUUACAGACUGCAAGCCCCCUCCUCCUGCCCAGGAAUUCCAGACAGCCCGCCUUUUCCUUUCUCACUUUGGAUUUUUGUCCUUAGAGGCACUGAAGGAACCUGCAAAUAGCCGUCUACCUCCUCACCUUGUUGCACUUGAUUCUACGAUAACUGGGUUUUUUGAUGACAUUGGGUAUCUGGAUCUCUUGCCAUGUCGUCCUUUUGACACAGUUUUUAUUUUCUAUAUGAAACCAGGUCAGAAAACAACCCAAGAGAUUUUAAAGAAUGUGGAAUCAUCUAGAAAUGUUCAGCCACAUUUCCUAGAAUUUUUGCUCUCCCUUGGCUGGUCAGUAGAUGUGGGCAGACACCCUGGUUGGACUGGACAUGUGUCUACCAGUUGGUCAAUUAAUAGUUGUGAGGAUGAUGAAGGGUCUGAACAAGAUGAAGUAAUUUCCUCUGAAGAUGUUGGGGCUAGCAUUUUCAAUGGACAGAAGAAGGUGCUGUAUUAUGCUGAUGCCCUAACAGAAAUAGCUUUUGUGGUUCCUUCUCCUGUGGAAUCCUUAACUGAUUCAUUGGAAAGUAAUAUCUCAGACCAAGAUAGUGACUCAAAUAUGGAUCUUAUGCCAGGAAUUCUGAAACAGCCAUCCCUGACGCUUGAGCUUUUCCCCAGUCACACAGACAAUCUUAAUUCCUCACAGAGGCUCAGUCCCAGUUCUAGAAUGAAGAAGCUGCCUCAGGGUCGUCCUGUUCCUCCCCUUGGACCUGAGACGAGAGUAUCUGUCGUCUGGGUGGAACGCUAUGAUGAUAUAGAAAACUUUCCCCUCUCAGAUCUGAUGGCAGAGAUCAGCACUGGUGUAGAAACCACUGCGAACAGCAGCACUUCUCUAAGAUCUACAACUCUUGAAAAAGAAGUCCCAGUCAUCUUCAUCCACCCUUUAAACACUGGAUUGUUCAGGAUAAAAAUCCAAGGAACCACUGGAAAAUUUAACAUGGUUAUCCCUCUUGUUGAUGGGAUGAUCGUCAGCCGGAGAGCGCUUGGCUUUCUGGUGAGGCAAACUGUAAUAAACAUUUGUAGAAGAAAGAGACUGGAGAGUGAUUCCUACAGUCCACCACAUGUCCGUCGGAAACAGAAAAUCACCGACAUUGUCAACAAAUACCGGAAUAAGCAGCUGGAACCAGAGUUUUAUACUGCACUUUUCCAGGAGGUUGGACUCAAGAGCUGCAAUUCUUAGGGCGCUGUUUGUCCAGACAGUUCAAUCUACUGUGUGGACUCUAAUAUCAAAGCAAGACAGUUUGAUAGGUGAUCACUGUAAACAUAGAAACAAAUUACUACAGAGCUUACUGUUUAACCACCAGAAUAGAAGAAACAUGGAAACCCACUGGCUAGAAGACCUCCCUCUCUCCAGUGGGAUGGGCUCCCAGACACAACCAUACUCCUGGUAAUGACAAGAAACAUUCUAGCCAUAAACUUUCUUUUAAAAGUGACAAUUUUAGUUAAAUAUAAGCCUUUUGAGGAGAAAGACUUUUAUGCAUCUCAGUUAAACACAUGCAUUGGUAGUAUCAACAAAUUUGCAAAUUAGCAGCUGAAGGUAGUUUUAUACCUCGCUUUUUAGGAGGUUGUAUUCAAAAUUAAAAUCUGUCUCAGAAUCUUCCAAGACUUUUGAAGGCUUGACUUGACAACAUGAAGAAGGGAAGAAGCUGUGGCUUUCUCCUCACAUGUCCAUCCAGUUGUCAUCCCAUCACAUUGACAAAAGGGAAGGAUGAAAACGGGGUUUGCUCAGAUAAGAACAUUAAAAUAUUUCCUGUUUUCUCUCCGUGCUUAAGCAACAUGUCCCUCUCAUCACCCGGGAGAUAUCACAGGGCCUCAUCAAAGCAGACAGUUGGAAAAGAGAGGCACAGCCCUGUUCUCCAGUGGGCAUACCAGUGAUGUUUGUGGGGUUGAGGCUGUAAGACCAGCAGUGAUGCCUCCUUUCUCCAUUACUGUCCCAUUUGGUGACAUGAUGAUAAGCUAAGCAUUUAUGGCUCUUUGAUUAAAUACCAAGAAAUACAAGUUUGCAACAGGGUUGAAAAUUAUUUGGUUUCAUCCAUCCUUUCUUAUUUCAGGACCAAGCAGGAAACUGCAGUAGUUAAUGAAGGAUUCUAAUUCAUGGUUCAGGAAGUAGCUGCUACUCACUCAGCUCCCUUGUAGAGAGCGGAGCAGUAAUUGACAGGUGCCAGGCUACCUCCUUGGGUGGUUGCUGUUGGUAUGCUUUGUGGUCUUAGCCAGCUGAAGGCACAGCAGAUCCCUGCCAGGGCUUUAGAAAUGUUUCUGUUACUUUGCUGCUACUUUUCUGCCAGGGACAAAACUUUGGAGGUGGCCAGACCCAAACCAUUUUAGAAGGGUUCCCGUUACAGUACUUAGUCUACACCUAUUUUUAUGUUUUUCUUCUUUAGUCUUUUCUCUUAGAAAAUAAGUGACAUUUGAAGUCCAAAGAGGGGUGAUCAGAGUUGAACAGGGCACAUCCCCUGGGCUCUGUUGUUUGUAGAUCAGGGCUCCACUGGUCUGUUUGCUUCUAGGUUUUAGUGGUUUUCUGAGGGAGCUGGGGUAGUGUUGGACCUGCUGCUCUGUCAGGUGCCUCCAUUCCAGAAGUGCGUGUUCUGCCAUCUCUGAGCAAGAAGCAUAGGUGUAGCACCCUGGUCUGAUGCUUGCAGCCCCUUUUCUUCGUGUUUGUUUUCAGCUCAGGUCCAGCAACCUCCUUGUCUUCCUGUCCUUGUGGUCCUCUUCCUUCCGGGAGUCCAACUUCCAUUCAGGGCAUAACAGUGUUCAAUCUUUGAUUUCUUUUUGAGCUGGGCAAUAAACUGUUUCUAGGUGAUAGUGUGGGGGUAAAAAUGAGUUCUGCCCUACAAAUAUUUUAUUAACUCAACAAGAAUAAGUGAAACUGAAGGACUUUCAAGGGACUUCCAGAUUGAUACUCCUAGGGAUGGGCUCUUAUUCUGUGUGAUUGAUGUGAACACAGAAUCUAUAAACAAAUGUGUAACUUACAACAUUCCACAGGCUGCAGAGAACUAAGAAAGAUGGAUUUCCCUGGUGUGAUUCUUCAGGAAAUCUUCUGGUUUGGAUAUAGUUUAAGUGGAUAUCAAAAAAUACCUGGAGUGUGUGUCUUGGGGUGGGCUUCCUGACCCUUCUGUUGGCUCUAAUUUCUGACAGCUCUUUGUAAUUCUCUGGAAGAGAACAACCAUGACAAAUGCAGUUUGAGAUUUGGGACUUGUAGUGGUCUCCCAGGGAAGGAGUCCCAGGCUUAGCCUACAGAACCGGGGUGUGCAUACCUCAACAGGCGCUGGUUCCCUCUGUGUGCCGCGCCUUCUGCCCAACAGAGGAGUGUGGCAGGAACCCUUGGGCCUUCCAGGGUGUGGGCUGGAAUCCUCUUCACUGAGUUCACCCUCCAGCCUGUGUUAAGGUCACUUUGAAUAGAAUAAUGUCAGAGGAACAUAUUUAGCACCUAACAGUAAUCUUAGUUCACCUGGUAAAUUUGCCAGCACAGGUUCAAAAUCUUUGGAGAGAAGUUGGGACCAGUUUGGACUGUGGCUUAAACAGUUUUGUUGCUAUACUGGAUGCCCCAGGUGCUCUCAAAGAGGACCCAAAGACUAGGCUGGUGGCCGCUCCUGCUCCCUUCUGAAGCUUUGGAGAGGUGCUUUGCUGCUGCGGCUGGGAGCACUGGGGUCAGAGGGCUCAUCACCUCAUCAACCCUGAGUGCAAUCACCUCUUUUGUCUAGAGUUUCCUCCUAAGACCCUCUCCAAGCCUUUGACCCUUUGAAAAAAAAAUUACGUGGUAGGACAGCCCUCCCUAGCCAUACACAGGUGUGUGUACAUGAACACCUCCCUCCUCUUCCAGCUCCUCAAUUUUAGGGCAGCUCACUCUGGAUUCACAUGUAAACAUGAAAUACCUGCAGUUUUGACUGGCCGUGGCAGUAUCUGUGACCACAGGUAGUAGGGCAAUCUCAAGCCACCAAAGCAGCAGCCUAUGCAGACUGACCUCUACAGAGGGGAGUCUUCUAGAGGUUAUUCUAUUGGAAAGUGGAGUUUGCCCCCACAGAGAGUCAGCCUUGAGCCGAGCUGGCCUAGAUGGUGAUAACUAUCCUUGAAGACGGUUGGCAACAGUUCCUUAGCAUUUAGGGCCUGUUGAGGCCAGAUCUGAAAAGACAGGUGUGUUUUCGUGGUGAUCAUUGGUGUCCACUGGUCUGUUUCCAGCGUUCCUUGACAGCCUCUCUUCCUGAGGGCACAGAUUGGAGGGACAGUGGCAUCACUGGGCUCACCGCUGGCAAAGCUGUGCACUCUAAGGGUUUUCUCACAUCAACCCGUGCCCUUCAGGUGCUCUGCUUUUCAGUGGUGAGGGAAAGGUGUCAUUUGGGAUUCCACAGUGCCUUGCAUAUAGUAGGCGCCCAAUACCUGUUUGUUGAAGCAAAUCAAAUUCCAAGUCCUCAUCUCCCACCGUGACCAAGGUAUCAUUCUCUGAAGGGCUUGGCAGUUGUAGCUGAAAACUAAGCAGCAUCAUUAUUUGCUUGAAAACAUAGACAAUUUGUAUGAAUUUCGGUAUAUUGCCAAGACAGGAUCUUUUUCCUAUUGUAUUUUCUGUAAAUAUUUCUGCCACUGAAUUGUAAAGUAAAAGUGAGAUGUAAAUAUGAAAGUG